GUCUAUUAGAGGGCACGAUGGAGCGCGCCACCCUUGUCCUUCCCAGGAUGCUUCUGGUCUUCUUAGCGGUGACCCUGAGCUUUGCGGCGGCCUCUCCAACCCAAAGAUCUGUGAAUUCUGAUGCCGCAACCACCGCGGAGCCUCCGGCCCCGGAUCCCCUUUCAGACCUCCCUGGGGAGAAGGACAACCUGAACGACAUCUUCAGAGAGGUGGAGGAUCUCAUUAGGGAUUCCAACUCUAAGCUGGCCAACGCUGUGAAAGAGAUGGAGGCUGAAGAGACCUCGGCAGACAGAGUGGCCUUAAAGGACCUCCCACCUAAUUACCAUAACGAGACCAUCAAAGAGACAAAGUUGGGGAACGACACCAUUGUCACCGAAGAGGAAGUUCUCAAGGAAACGGACAAUAAAACGGGAGCGACCUUUGUGUCCAGGACCAUCGUAUCGUCACUGCAAAGUGGGGGCAAGAGAGAGCAUGAAUGCAUUGUGGACGAGGACUGCGGUCCGGGCAGCUACUGUCACCUAUCAGACUUCAUCUAUAGAUGUCUACAGUGCAAGCAGCAGGAGAUGUGCAGCAGAGACGGCGAAUGCUGCGACGGGCAGCUCUGCAUCUGGGGUCAGUGCAAGAAAUCGGAGAAGGGGGAGAGCGGCGCCAUUUGUGAGAAGCAGAGCGACUGCGUCCCCGGCCUGUGCUGCGCCGUCCAUUCCAAUCUUCUCUUUCCAGUCUGCACUCCUUUGCUGGUCAGGGGUGAGGAGUGCCAGAACUCAAACUCACUCCUAGAUAUAUUUUCCUGGGAUAUGGAGUCAGACGCCCCUCUAAACCGCUGUCCCUGUGACAGAGGACUGAUCUGCCAGGCUCAGAGUGACGGUCUAGCGCUCGUCUGCGAGGAACUUCCCCUGCAGAGCAAGAGGGAGGAUAUGAUGCAGCUGCCAUUUUUCACCCCCAUACCGCAGGAAGAUAUCAUCUACGAAGACGGUAUUGAUUCGCCCGCAGGGAUCGGCGCCGAUUUCGCCACUUCCGAAGAUGAGAGAGAUGUGGAAUUCGAUUCGGAGCAACCAUUUGUGGACUACAUCUAG